GAGCCGGGGCCAGUGCGCUGCGAUCAGAGCGGGACCCGACCAGCUGCCUGCAGCCAGUCUGCCUCGCCAGGCUAAGCAUGGGGCAGGGCGAAGGCUGCUAGCGGCAGUGAUCUCCGGCUCCCCCCCACCCCCCCAGCCAAAGAGGGCUCCAGCCACUGCUGACUAGUUCUCCCCUCCCUUCUCAGCCCCACACCGGCCCCCGCCCCAGCUUCGGGGGUGAAGGAGGUGCGCCCGACCCAGGCGUGCAGGACCAUGAUCUGAGGGCGGGAGCCCUGAAAGUUGGGGGAGAUGAGCAACGCAGACUUCACAAAACCACCACUAGCACCAAAACCAAAGAUUAUCAGUCAUCUUUCUUCCGUGGCGGUCUCCAAAUUUCCUCCUUCAUUGUCAAGGCCUGAUAUUAUUCAUAAUCCAAACUCUAUGUCUAGGGGUCCAAAACCACCCAUUGCUCCCAAGCCAAAACUCUCAGCUGACACUGAGGGGAGAUCCAGUGUUUAUACCAACAAUAACUUAAAUAAAGUCACAAAUGGAAAACUGAUAUGUCCCGAUGGAGAGCUGUAUGAAGGAAAUCAAUGCAACAUUGAGUGCUCGGAAUCUGAGGCUGGUGAUGAAUACAUCGUAGUUCCUGAAGCUCAGCUGACUGAUAAAGACUGUGAUGACUUUGAACAUGUACAUGACCCGUGUUUAGAGUCAUCUGCAGAGAAUGAGGUCUUAGAAACUGCAGAAGCAUCAGGGGAGGAAGAGGAUCAUAGCAUAGCUAAUGACGAGGAGAUCUGUAAUCCAGAAAUAACUGAAACCGAGGACAAUGAUUCUUCAGAUGCUGUGGAACCAGACUCAACUGGAGCAACAGAAAUGAAAGACUGUGACAGGUCUGAAGCACUUAAUCAAGUGUCUUCAGGAGCCCUUGAAGUAGAAGAUAUUGCUUCUAAGAAUAUGGAUGAAGAAGUGGACUGUGUAGAUGACCCCAAAAACUAUUUCAAAGGUGAGGCUGAGGAAACAUUUAAUAACCUCAAUCUGGUAAAGGACAAUAAUGAGUAUAACCUGGAAAACUGUAAGAUUUUGAAUGGAGAUGAGGAUUUGAAGGGCAAUAUCUGUGAAGACAUUAUUCUAACACAUUUACCUGUAGAUGAUGAGUCAACACCAGAAGAGAAUGAUGAACUGCCACAAACUUUAGAAGAUGAGCUAUCAAACAAUGACACAGAAGUGAGUCCACCAAACAAUGGUGACCUGGAUGAUAAUGCAGAGUUUGUAUUGAGUACAGAAAUGGAAUUAGUAAAUUAUGGUUGUGCAAAUCCUGAUAUAAUUCCUGAUGAUGUUGAUGAAGAAGAAACAGACAUUGGGUUAGGACUGAAAGAAAAUGAACCUGAUGCAGAAGAGGAUUUGGGAGGUUCUAUCAAUGAAGCUGCUGCUGAAGAAGAGAAAGUAAGUCCAGAUAGUGACAAAGAAACAAAUGUGGAAAGGGAAGACUAUAUAGAUGAUGGGUACCAAACCAUUGAGAUGAAGAGUGAGGAGGAAACAUCAGAGACAACAUGUGAGGCUAGAGAAGACUCUGAAAAAGAGGAAGAAGUGGUGAAAGCAGAGAAUAUAGAUGAUAGUUGUCAAAUUGUUCCUUUUGAGAGUGAAUGCAAUGAAGUUGUCACUGAUUCACCCCAAGAAAACUUAGAUGAGAAUUUGCAACUGGAAAGGACUUUUUUGGGUAAUGAUAGCCAGCUCUCCAGCCCUCAAACUGUUAGUGAGCCAGAGCUGGAAGUGGAAUCUAAACUAAAUGUGUUUGUUGAAGAUUGUGGUGACAAUGAAUGUGUCUUGGAAGAAUCUGAAUCAGAUGAGCAAGUUCUUGAAAGCAAUAAGGUCAGUCAUAGUAGUUUUGAAGAAAGCUCCCCAAAUCCACCUGAACAAGCACCAGUUGAGAAUAAAUACCAUACAGCAGAAGAAUUAACUAGAUGUAAUCAAAGCAAAUAUAAAGCAGACUGUGCUAGCGAACAUGAGUCUAGUGAGUAUUUAGCAGUCCCUGAAGUGGUUGUUGUACCUGAGGAAGGAGAAACAACCAGUGAUUCUCUAGACGAUCCUUAUGUGAUGCCCUCAGAGAAUGCAACCCCUCAUGUUAGAGAAGUGGUGCAGACUAAUUUAGAAGAUAUUCCAUGUGAUUACAGCAUAAGAGAAGAACUAAUUGUCGACACUGAAAACAACCUGCUAUCCAUUGAUCGAAAAAGUAUGGUCACUAGAACAAGGUCACUCUCUGGGAAAGUGCCUGGCUAUGUGCCAGAAACUGUUCCAGAAGAAACUGGACCUGAAACGGAAGUACAGUCCUCAAAUGAUAACUCUCUGACUGAAUAUUUAACCAAUAACUUACCGCUAUUGGAAGGAAAACCAAUGGAAGUCAAUAGGGCCUUACCAACCACGUCAAGACGCUUUAUUUUAUACCCACGGUCUUACUCGGUAGAAGGGAGAGAGAUACCAGUCUCUGUUUACAGAGAAACCGAUGGCUCUACAUUGGAUGACAAUAGAAUAAAGAGGACAGAAGACAACCUCUUUUUGCCCUGUGUAAUUGGUUCUUCAGGUAGCUUUUCGCAGAGGAAUCACCUUUCAUCAAGUGGUGUGUCCACACCAUCCUCAGUUGUUGAUAUACCACCUCCUUUUGAACUAGCCUGUAUCACCAAAAAGCCAAUCACUAAAAGUUCCCCCUCACUUUUAAUAGAGAACGAAUCUCCUGAUAAGUACACUAAGAAAAAAAAAUCAUCUUUUAAGAGGUUUCUCACCCUCAAAUUCAAGAAGAAGACAGAAAAUAAGGUCCAUGUAGAUGUUAAUGUUUCCUCUUCAAGGUCCUCUUCAGAAUCUAGCUAUCAUGGGACUUCUAGGAUUAUGGAACUGGACAGAAGGAGCUUGAGUAGUUCACCUCAGCUAAAGUCCCAUACUGGGAAGCUGCGAGCUUCUGAGUCUCCCUCUACUGUUCUUUUCUACAAGGAUGGUAAAAGAAAAGGGAUACCCAAAACCUUUAGCAGGAGUGUGUCGAGAGUGGAGUCCUUUGAGGAUCGAUCUAGACCUCCUUUCAUGCCACUCCCCUUAACUAAACCUAGGUCUAUUUCAUUCCCUAAUGCUGAUACUUCUGACUAUGAGAACAUUCCAGCUGUGAGUUCUGAUUAUGAAAAUAUACAAAUACCUCCUAGAAGACCAACCAGAGCAGGAACUUUUACAGAAUUUUUUGAAGAUCCCAGUAGGGCAUUAUCUGCUGCUAAUGAGAAUGACGGCUAUGUGGAUAUGAGCAGCUUUACAGCCUUUGAGAACAAGCAGCAAACCACAGACCAGGAAACAGAAAGUGCCUAUACCGAGCCUUACAAGGUGUGCCCUGUCUCUGUGGCACCCGUGGAGGACGUCACAUCAGACGAGGAACAGAAGAGUUCAGAAGAUGAGGAGAGUAGCCAGGGGGAUCCCAGCCUCGUCCAUAAAAAAGAAGGACAGUCCAGAGCUUACCUCAUCGCCCAGGAGCUGGUGUCUUCGGAGAAAGUAUAUGUGGAGAUGCUCCGGCUGUUACAUGUGGAUUUCCAUGAAGCAGUCUUGAAAGUGCUGGGGGAUGAAGAUGAAAAUGAGAGGGAGGAGGGGAAGCUCAAGGAGGGCUUGAGUGAGAUCCCUGAAAUCUACAGACUACACCAGGAGAUACUGGGAGAGCUCGAGGAAAGAGUCCUCAAUUGGGAGGAACACCAGAAAGUGGCCGAUGUUUUUCUCUCAAGAGAAUCAAGGUUCAAUCACCACACAGCAUAUAUUAUGCAGUUUGAUAGGAAUUUGGCUUUGCUAGAUGAAACCUGCCUUAAAUCUUCCCAGCUGGCCACUGUCAUCCGGGAGUUUGAGCAGAAUCCUGGCGGCAGCCCCCUGAAUGUGAAACACCAGUUUUUGAAAGUGGUGCAGCGCAUAUUCCAGUACCGCGUGCUACUCACAGAUUACUUGAAUAACCUUUGUCCUGACUCUGCAGAGUAUGAAGACACACAAGCUGCCUUACUCAUUGUCUCUGAAAUUACGGACCGAGCCAACGACAGCAUGCAGCAAGGGGAAAACUUGCAGAAGCUGGUACACAUUGAGUACAGUGUCAGGGGGCAAAGCAACCUCCUCCAGCCAGGAAGGGAGUUUCUGAAAGAGGGAACACUGAUGAAAGUGUCCGGGAAAAACAGGCAUCCUCGGCAUUUGUUCUUGAUGAAUGAUAUUCUGCUGUACACAUAUCCCCAGAAGGAUGGCAAAUACCGACUGAAGAACACCUUGGCUGUGUCCGGCAUGAGGGUCAGCCGCCCAGUGACAGAAAAAGCCCAAAACGUCCUGAAGAUUGAAUACGCUGAACACUGCCUGACCCUGUCAGCAAGUUCAUGCUCUGAAAGGGACGAGUGGUAUAGCUGCAUCAGCAGAACCAUUCCAGAUGACUGCAAAGCUCAAAAUGCAUCUACCUUUCACAACAGUAUUGAGCUAAGGGAAAGGCUGGGAAUAUCCUUGGGUGAGAGGCCUCCAACAUUGGUACCUGUGUCCCAUGUCAUGAUGUGCAUGAACUGCGGCUCUGAUUUUACCCUCACUCUGAGACGCCAUCAUUGCCAUGCAUGUGGGAAGAUUGUAUGUCGAAAUUGUUCAAGAAAUAAGCAUCCCCUGACGUACCUCAAAGACCGACUAGCAAAAGUCUGUGAUGGCUGCUACUCAGAACUGAGAAAAAGAGAGCGGCCAGUAAGUGUGAGCUUCCCUCCAACUUCAUCCAGGUUUUCAGGCAGUGCCUUCUCCUCCGUCUUCCACAAUAUUCAUUACUCAUCCUUCAAGAAACAAAAGAAGAUCCCUUCUGCUCUUAUGGAGGUGGCAGCUUCAGGAGAGGGAUCUUCUAUCAGUGGCUAUCUCAGCAGGUGUAAGAGAGGCAAAAGGCACUGGAAGAAGCUCUGGUUUGUUAUCAAAGGCAAAGUCCUCUACACCUACAUGGCAAGUGAGGAUAAGGUCGCCACAGAGAGUCUGCCUUUGCUGGGUUUCACAGUUGCCCCAGAAAAGGAAGAUGGAAGCACGGAUGCAGUUUUCCAUCUUUACCACAAGCAAACCUUGUUUUACAGCUUCCGCACGGAGGAUAACAAUUCAGCACAGAGGUGGAUUGAAGCCAUGGAAGAAGCAACCAUAUUAUAGCAGUAAUCAAUCAAGAGGACUUGCAAUAAACUCUCAGAUUUCUCUACAUUCCCAUCAGCCCAUUUCUGUUUCAAGAAGCUGAGUAGUGUAUGUCAAACCCUCUGGCUACACACACACUGGAUAGGACUGUUUCCAGAUUGCUCUCUCUCUUUUGCUUCUUUCAUUUUAAAUCCACUUUUUUUGGCAAGUUGAAAACUUUAAAAUAGAGAAUAUUCAUAGUCCUCUUUGUCUGUGUGAGUUCAACCUGCGCUAUAACUUGCUCCCAUAAUCCCACAGUAAAUUAAGUUUUAACAUCAAGGCAUGAAAUAGAUACAAAUUAUUUCUGAACUCACAUGGAAGUACUGGCUCAGUUUUAUUUACCCUAGAGAACUAUCAACUUUCAUUUUGUUGGUUUUGGUUUCUAUCAUGAAAUAAGAAACAAUGCAGUAAACCAUAGAUUCUCAUUUAAAGCACUUUAUUGUUUUAUUGUAUUACAGCUUCAUUUUUUUCCAGUGUUUCCAAGGAAUUUUGUGGACUGAUUUACCACCAGUCCAUUAACA